AUGCACGACUCGCGUGUUAUACUGGUGCGUGCACUCAUUGUUCUCACUGCUGUGCUAUUGCUGGCAAAGGCACAUGCUGUGACGGAAGGCAAAUCGUCGAUAAGGGCAGCACGCGAUCCGGCAUCUUCGACCACGACCCAGAACAAAGGUGCCUCCAAAAGGCUCUUAUUGGGUAUCGCCCCGUCGGCUAAUCUGUCAUCAUCACUCAAGAAAGCUUCGACUUGGCUCCUCCUCAAGUCGAGAAGCAAGAGCAUUCGAAUCUCGAGCAAGAGAGUUAUGGACGAAGCUCAAGCUCAAUUGCAAUUGCGAUCGAAGCUUGAAGCAGGACCGAACAAGGAUUUGCUCAGCCCCGAGUUUUACGCUUGGGUCGCUGACAUCGAUCGUAUCCAGAAGCUCUAUCCCAACAACAAAUUGUCCCUUAUCGGUCUGCUCUCAAAGACCUACACGCAUUCGGAAUUGGCAAAAGUGGUUGAGCUGGCGUUGGAUGCUCUUCCAACAAGUCGAAAGCAUCGAAAAAUGGUGACUAGACUGGCGGGUGAACUGAUGGAAACGUGGAAAGCUCUUGGAUACUCUGAAUACCGCGUUUUCAGGCUACUCGGACUCAGCGUAGUAGGCACUAACAUUUUCGAGCGCCCAGAGUUGAGUAUGUGGUUUGAUUUCGUGGUGUUCAAAAGGACCGGCGUGGUGGACGGAACCAUAACGAAGCGCACCAAGAAUAAAAUGGCUGCAGUCUUGACAAAGUACUACAGUACCAGCCGGCUGUAUGCGAUGUUCGACAAGGCAUAUCUGGGCUCCGAUCGCUUGCGAGACAGAUCUGUGAAACUGGGAGUCGCGGUGGUUAGUUACGACGAUCUAAAGAACAUUUCAGGACAUUGA